CCAGGACCUUGCAGUCACUAUAUCUGGUCUCCCACAGUACACAGAACAUGGAAAUGCAAUUAUUUUAGUAAAUAUAAACUGCUAAAUACCAUUUCUCAUCAGCAGUUAGAGAAGUCUUGUGGCUUCUAUCAGUGUCUGGCAGAGCACUGGUUAAAGCUUGAAGAGUUUUCUUUCUGCUCUAGGAGGAUGCAGGACCCCUCACCUCUGUCUGGACAGUGCUGAUUGGCCCUGUGCUGAUCGCAUGCGCUCUCUUAAGAAAAGAAAAAAAACUCUUUAGCAAUACACACCAAACUGAGCAU